AUGGCUUCUCACUUCUUUGUCCCUUUCAUCUGCUGUUUUAGUGUUGGAAUUGGCAACAGCGAGGUGGGAGGCCGAAGUAGAGGCGCGGAGGGGUUCGAUGUGGAAUGGAUAAAAUACGAGGAGGAGGUGGAGGAGAGUGCAGAUAGGUGGUCAAAACCUCACGUGGCAAUCCAGCCGCUUAUGUCGGUAUUCGAAGUUCGCAGUUGCCUCGCCAAAGCUGUCAUGCUGUUGGAUUUGGAGGUGAUGUCAUUGGAACUUGUGGCUGCGUCACUGACCCCUCUUGGCACUCCUACUGGAUCUGAUGUUCAGUCCUUCAUGGGAACUCCAUUGACCGAUGGGGAGUGUGCCGUCCAUCACGCGUGUCCAGCUGCCCAACCAUGUCCAUUUGGAUUCUAUCCAGCUAAUAGAGAUGUGAAGGAGGUAUCGCGGGUCCACACCACUGGACUGGGGGCAGUCGCCGAAGGUAGACGUCAUCCUCGGCCCUUCUGUUAG